AGCCCCUCAGUGACUGUUUCAGAGAGCAGCAUGAAGACAUUGUCACUCCAGCCACAGUCACCUUUAAUGAGGACCAGCUGUAUACAUGGGCCACCUUCGGCCUGCCCUCCCACCUCUGGGAACCCCAUGAAGGCCGUACCCCAGGCCGCAUCCAGGACCUGUGGCCCCCUCCACAACCAGCUCAGAUUUCGUCUAAGUCCGGGAAUCUGUCACAAGAGGACAAUGGCAGUGAUAUUCCAGGGCUGGAGAAGACCAUUAAUGACUUGAGGAUAAAGAUGGCAGCACUGGAAAUCCAGCAUGCAUCUCUGGAGAUGGAGAUCGACUCGAAGAAGAGAGGAGAUGGGGACAAUAAUGUGGCCUUGGGGGGUAUCAGCCUCGCAGGAAAGAAGAGGAUCGAGGUUUCCGUACAGACAUCCCCUUUGGAGGAGGCCUUUAGAUUUGAAGUGCCUUUCAGGGGAGGGUCAAUCCCCUCCUCAGCCUCUCUCCCAGCAAUCUCCUCCUCCUCCCUCCACAAACCUGAGUUUGUCUGUACCUGCCAACAGCAGCAGCAGAGUGGUACCCAGCCCCCACCUUCUCCCACCUCAGGUAUACCCCCUCCUCCUCCUCCCCUUCCUCCUCUACCUCAGCUCUCUGGAGGGUCCCCACCACCCCCACCCCCUCUCCCUGGUGGGACUGGUCCUCCUCCUCCACCCCCCUCCUCCUCCUUUACCAGGUAUGGGCGGAUCCUGUCCCCCACCUCCACCCCCUCCCCUGCCAGGCUUUGGACCUCCACCUCCACCCCCGCCACCAGGUAUUGGCCCCCCUCCUCCGCCCCCACCCCCCGGCGGUGGACCUCCUCCUCCCCCAGGAUUUGGCCCUCCUCCCCCUCCCGGUGGAUUCAUGGCCCCCAUGGCCCAGGAGGCUGGCCCUCAGAAGCCCCCCAUCGAGCCCCCCAAGCCCAUGAAGCCUCUCUACUGGACCAGGAUCCAGCUGCAUGCUAAGAAGGAUGCGAGUGGUUCUCUGGUUUGGGAGAAGAUCGAGGAACCGUCAGUGGAUUUUGAUGAGUUUGUCAACUUGUUUUCCAAAAGUGCUGUGAAGGAGAAAAAAAAGCCAAUAUCAGACACCAUCACCAAGUCCAAGGCCAAACAGGUGGUGAAGCUUUUGAACACCAAGCGAUCUCAGAAUGUGGGGAUCCUCAUGUCCAGCAUCCACUUGGACAUGAAGGACAUUCAGAAUGCCAUUCUGAACAUGGACAACACUGUGGUGGACCUUGAGACCUUGCAAUCCCUGUAUGACAAUAGAGCCCAGCAAGAUGAGAUGGAGAAGAUUGAGAAGCACAUCAAGUCAUCCAAAGAUAAAGACGACGCAAAGCCAUUGGACAAGCCUGAACAGUUUCUCUUCCAGCUGUCCCAAAUCCCCAAUUUCUCAGGAAGGGUGUUUUGUAUCCUCUUUCAAUCAACCUUUGAUGAAUGUAUCUCCUCCAUCCUCCGGAAAGUUGAAAUCCUUCAGAGAGUGUGUACGACUCUGCAGAGAGGUCAGUGUGUGAUGCAGGUGCUAGGUCUUGUCUUAGCUUUUGGGAACUUCAUGAACGGAGGGAACCGAUCGCGCGGGCAGGCUGACGGCUUCACUCUGGACAUCCUGCCCAAACUCAAGGACGUCAAGAGCAGUGAUAACUCUCAGAGUCUUUUGUCAUUCAUCGUUGCUUACUAUCUGAGGCACUUUGAUGAGGACGCAGGUAGAGAGACCUGUGUCUACCCUCUCCCUGAACCCCAGGAUCUCUUCCAGGCCUCUCAGAUGAAGUUUGAGGACUUUCAGAGAGAUCUACGCAAGCUAAGCAAAGACCUCAAAGCAUGCUCGGCCGAGACAGAGAAGGUCUGUCAGGUCUCUUCUGAAGAGCACCUGCAACCCUUUAAAGAGAAGAUGGAGGGGUUUCUGAGCCAAGCAAAAACUGAUCUGGAGGCACAAGAAACACAACUAGAGAACACUCAUAAGAUUUUUUUGGAGCUGAGCAUGUUCUUUUCAGUCAAGGCCAAGGCGGGCGAGAAGGAAGUCUCUCCCAACACGCUGUUUUCGGUGUGGCAUGAGUUCUCCACUGAUUUCAAAGAUCUUUGGAAGAAGGAAAACAAACUGAGGUUACAGGAACGACUGAAAACGGCAGAGGAGGUUUUCAAACAAGCCAGAGAGAAGGUCUCGUACAGCGUCAAACCCAAACAGUCCUCUGGAAUAAAAGCCAAACUCGGUCAGAAGAUCUGAGCCAAUGGACUGGAGAAGUCUUACCCAGGAAAAGUUUGCACAAGUGAGAUCAACACAAUCUGAUAUGUCUUUUUAGCUAUUGUAUUUAUAAAUAUGUUAUGUUCUUUUCUUUUUUUAAUAGUUUAUUUCUGUCAUCCAACUGGUUAUACAUGUAAGUAUGUUGGAAAGUUUGAUAUAAACCCUGUACCAUGCUUUGGCGCUAUCUGUCAAUGAGAGAUUUCUCCCAAGUCCAAAGUAAGCAUUGUAGAAUUAAUUAAACAGUUAAUUAUUUUUGGACAGAUGCCAUUUUAAUGAGAAAUGCAUCGUUUUACAGUGUGACACACAUGUUCUGGUAUCCAGCCUAUCCCCUGUAGCAUUUGAUAGAAGACACCAGUUAAGACAAUCAUGUUUCACUAAGCCAUUUCUAUCCAUCCCUGCACUGCCUUCCAGUAUAAAAAGGAGAACAAGAGUGGGCUUGUAUAUAUAUAUUUGCUUACCAGACAGCAAGUCAAGUGCCUUUAUAGCACACUGAGCUAGUUAAUGACAAAUGAGCCAAUUCAAUUAAUCUACAUUACAACAACCAGACCUGCUUAGUGAAAACUUACAUUGUGACAAUAAUCAGUUUAUCAUACACUGUAGUUUCAUAGAAGGAUGAUACGUGAUGUACAGUUGUAGUUUAUGCAAUAAAUCAUGAACUUAACCAUGACUUGAGUUUAGCUGCUAAGGUAUUUAGUACCAAGGUAUUUAGUACCAAGGUAUUUAGUAGGUCAGGAGGAUUUCACAUCAUCCUCUAUUGUUUUUUAUUAUGGAACCAUAGCUACAUAUUGAAAUAAUAUUACAACUUUAAAAAAUAACCUUAUCCACAUUACAUGUCAAAAUGAUAUGCAAUCUGUAUGUGACAUAUCCUGUAUGAUUUGUAUGUUUGAAUUGUUUUCCUGUUCUAUGUUCUGUAUGAGCCUUGUAGAGCUGUUGGUGACUGUGUCCCCAUUUGCGAUAACGCCUUUGUUCCUGAUAAAAUACUAUUUAUUGAAGA